CUGGCCGGGCUGCUGACGUGGGCUCUGCCCCCGGGAGGUCGGGAGGGAGGUGGCCCGGCCUCGGCAAAGCUGUCUGGAUCGUCACUGUCGAGGGCACUUCUGCACCUGCAGUGCUGGUCCCGGGGAGCGGCCUGGCCGCCGUCCUGAGGACAAUGCCCAUGUUCCACGAUGAGGAGCACGCCCGGGCCCGUGGCCUCCACCAGGACACCCUGGUGCUGCCGCCCGACAGUCCCGACCAGAGGAUCCUCUACACGGUGCUCGAGUGCCAGCCCCUCUUCGACUCCAGUGACAUGACCAUCACUGAGUGGGUUCAGAUUGCCCAGACCAUUGAGGUAGCGGGGAGUGUGGGCGGGGCUGUGCAUGCUGAGCAGGGCUGUGGGAGUGGGCGGGGCUGCAGGCAGGCAGGGCUAUUGGGCAGCGCGCUCUGGGUAUGUGGUGGGUCUGCGGCUUCAGGAAAGUGCCCGGCUCUCGGGUCACCUCCCAGCUGCAGAGCCUCUGAGGCCCUUGCCCCCACAUCCCGCCCUCCCCUCCCCCGUGCAUGGAGGGUAGCUCUUUGCGGUGACAGACAGCGGUUCUGGUUCAUGCGCUUGGUUUGUCCCAGUAGGAACCUGGGUCCGGGUGUGUGGAACCUGCCCACAGACGGACAAGCCCACACCUGGCCCUUUCCCCGCUGCCGGCCCCUCGCCCGCCCACGAGGCAGGGCCAGGAAAGGGUGCAGGGCCCCGAGGGGUGUCUUGGCUCACAGCACGCCUUUCCGGAGGCCCAGGCGCCUUCCACCAGCUGUCCUCUCUGUCCCCCGCCCCCCACCCCAUCCUGCAUGAUCCUGGUCCUGGCUCCCGGGGUGGGGGCCCCCCCAUCCUCCAGGCCACUUCUCACCGGCCCCCAGGGGGUCAUCACACAGGCUCCCCUUCCCUGGCAGCCCAGGGCCUGGCCCACAGUCACGGCUUGUCUCCUGCCUCCCCCUUCACUGUGAGCGUCUGGGACAGGGCGUGUGGCUGGGCCUGGCCCCUAUGUCCCUGAAUGGGGCCACCGGCUACCAGUGGGCAUGUUGGGGCCCUUGUCCUGGGCACUCUCCCUCCCGAGGGGCCUGCGCGCUGCUGAGCACAUGCCCGCUGUCCUGGCUGCAGGGUCCAGCCAGGGCCUUUGGAGCCGGUCACCUGCUGUGACCGAGUCCUGUGUGGCCAGCAGAUGGCGCCCCAGCCCGCGCUGUGGCUCAGCUCUGCCCUCCGCCAGCUGCUGGCCUUUCCACCACAGUCCCCUUGUCCCGAAACUGGGCCCCUCGCAACCACUCCGAGGCUCAGUCUUGGCGGCCCUCUAGGAGGUGGUGGCCGGAGGCUGUCCCCGCAGCCAUCCUCACUCCUGCCGAGCUGGCCAGGAGGGCUGUGCCUGGAAGGACCCUUCCCCACUGCCCGCCGGCACCUGCCCGCCGGCCCGCCUUCCCGGCCGCUCCCAGUGCUGCCUGUGCCUCCGCCCAUCGCUGUGCCCAUGCCUGGCCCACCCGCUGGACAGCCAGGCCCAGGGCUUGCUCCCCCCACCCUCCUGCUGCCCUGGGGCCGAUGUCACUCAGCAUGGGCUCUCUGAGCUGGGUUCUGGCUGGGCCCCCACUGACCGGUGUUCUCAGGAGUCCUGCCUGGGCCUCCCCUCGGGGGACACUACCGGGAGCCGAGAGGGGGCCCUGCUUGUCCCCGGGGGAAGUCCACUGACCCCGACACCGUGGGCUCACAGCAGGAGCCAGGGAAGGAGCCGUCCCGGGGCAGGGGAAGUGGGGCCAGGACUCCAGCCUGCCCAGCUGGG